GCUUUAUGAAAUUGAAACAUGCGAAAGGCCAUUACCAAGAUUUUUUUUUAUUCCUAUCUUUGGUUUUAGACAGAUUUUACUCAAGGUAUUGAUUUUCUUUCGAAAUAAGGAACAAUUCCUUUUUUUUUUUAAAUCUCUGAAAGGUGGAACCAACUGUUAAGAACUUUUCUUGAUGAUUCUAGUUGAUUUUGAUUAGAUUGCAACUGCAGUUGUUAAUUUUGGAUUUAAUGUGGCAUUGUAACCAUGAAGAAUAAAUACACCUCUGUUUCAGACUCUGAAGAGUCCUUGAAAACGCUCACUGAUGAAAAGUCAGACACGCAUUCUGCAGAUGGCACGCCUCCUCCAUAUUCAGGUACGAUUAUUGAAAUAGAAAGGUAAUGGUGUUUGUUAUUGAGAGUUCUUACUGAGGAAUCCUAUUUUAAACUUGUCGACGAUUGUCAAUAAACAGGGCGAAUACCUUCAUUCUCUCGUAUACAACGAAAGACUCAGUUGCUAAUACAUUCAUUAGCUUCAAACAAAUUUAUCGAUUUAGAAAUGGCUGACGGUUCCGUUCAGAAUUCCGCCCAAGAAUCUGCUAAUAAUACUAGGUCGGACACUUCUGAAAAGAACAAGUUUCAAUGUCAUUUUUGGAGAGGAAUAGCGACUACUCAACUUCUUUUAUAUCAUUCUGUUUUUUUAAUCAUAGUCUUCGGUUACAAGAUUCCUCUGAAUACAGGUGUUUUUUAUGGGCUUGCUGGCGGUUCUAUUGGAUCCAUUAUUAUUUUCGUACUUGUAACCCUUAUAGCCUAUCCUGGAUGGUUCACCCAAGCUGGGUGCAACAUGUUUGUGGCAGUGAUAUAUACGGGUCUUCUGAAUGUCGUUGGUUUCGUAUUCUAUCGUAAUGUAAAGAAAAUAAUAGGAUUUGAAAAGAUGAACGAUAUUGCUUUCUAUGGUGUCUGCAUUGUUAACGUUGCCGUGUUUGUUUUAUUUUGGAGUACGACGGAUACGCGACAACUUCGAAUAUUCAUUGCUGAUUUAGGAAACGGCAUGGGAAACAGCAUAAGAAAUGCUGCGAAUUAUGUUCGACCGACAGAUCCAGAAAAUGAAGCAUCUCGUAACGAGGAAAUCGAGCUUCAACCUUUUGCUGGGCAAAGCGCUGAAGUUUGAGUUUUAACGAAUCUUCUCCAACCCUCCUCUAAAUCGCAUUUUCUUUAAAAGCAUCCAUAUCAAUUGCAAUCCCUCAAGUUUCUGCAUUCUUGUCCACAAAAGUAAGCACAGCUUCAUUCGGCAGGUUUGAUUGCUUUUCACGUUCACUCUUUUAUGGAUCUAAGAAUUCGUCUCGCAAUACUGUUAUUUAUGAAUCUUUCAAUCUCUUUGUGACGAACAUCCUUGUUAAAGCAACCUUUUUAAUGAUUAUUUAAUUGUUAUGAUGUUAAUUUUGCAAAAUAAUCAACCGAUUUCUAAUUCAAAGCUGGACAUAUUCAGAUUGGCCGUUUCAACUAAUGUAGUUUAAUAAUUUACUUCUCAAACUACAGCUUCGUCAACUGCUAUAAAUUCAGACAUUCAGUCUCAUACCUUAACGACAAUUUAGCACAAUGUGAAUAGCUAGAAAAGAGAAAAACAGUGUGCUUUAAUCUUUUAAGUAUCAAAACCAUCCUCUAUCAACUUUGUAAAAUCUGAGAUGAUGAAUACCCACUACAAAUACAAAUACCUUUAGUUACACAUUUUGAAUGUCUACGGCCACACCUAGGCGAAAACACCAGUUCCCGUCCGAUCACUGCAGUUAAGCGCCUGAGGGUCUCGUUAGUACUAUGGUUGGAGACAACAUGGGAAUCCGGGAUGCUGUAGGCUUUUCCUUCGUUCUUUCUGUUUUGCAGCUGCACUUCAAAAGUUUUUACGGUGUUACAAGAAAUUAUGAUCAAAACUCGUACACUUCACUUGACGCUUUGAAAUGCUUUUAUUUAUUUAUAAUUUUGUUUUAUUGUCUUACUAAUUUAGCAAUGAACUGAUACUCAAAAUAUCAAAUGGAAUUUCAUUUCUGAAAAAGAAUUAUAGGUAAUUAUUUAGUACAUAUUAGAUAGAGGUG